CGAAUGGUCAUAACUGGCCCAAUCCAGUUUGUACCGGUUGUGUUGGCUUGGGCCUCCCUGGUUCAUUUGCCGUGAGACGCUCAAGCUGAACGGACGUCGCUACCCUCCUCGUUGAAACGGACCCCCUCGCGUACCCAGAACCUACCCCCAAAUAUCGUGUCUGGAUUGAUUGACCUGGGUGGACAUCCCGGACCAUCCCCCGAGACUGCGAGACCGCUCGGAUCGCGAACGAUUGUUAGUCGGGUGGCUGGAUCGGUGACUGGACAGGAGGAUGGCGGUGACGGUGGGCGUGUUAGCCCAAGAGACGGUGAACAAGUUGCUGGACUUCAAUCAGAAGCUGGAUAUCGGCUUGCUGGAUGAGGUGGUGAGCACCAUGUAUGCGGGCACGGGCGAGCAGCAAAAGAUGGCCCAAGAGGUGCUGACCACGCUCAAGGAGCAUCCCGAUGCCUGGACCAAAGUGGAUACUAUCUUGGAGUUCUCCAAUAACCAACAGACCAAGUACUACGCCCUACAGAUCCUAGAGAGCGUGAUCAAAACACGCUGGAAGGUGCUACCCCGAAAUCAAUGUGAAGGCAUCAAAAAGUACAUCGUGGGUCUGAUUAUCAAGACCAGUUCCGUGCCCGAGAGCCUCGAGCGCGAGAAGACUUAUUUGAACAAGCUGAACAUGAUCCUGGUCCAGAUCUUGAAACGGGAAUGGCCCAAGAAUUGGGAGUCGUUCAUCCCGGACAUCAUUGGCGCCUCCAAGACCAACGAGUCUCUCUGCCAGAAUAACAUGGUCAUUUUGAAGUUGCUGAGUGAAGAGGUGUUCGAUUUCUCGUCCGGUCAGAUGACCCAGACCAAGGCCAAACACCUCAAGGACACGAUGUGCGCACAAUUCUCGGAAGUGUUUCAGUUGUGUCAGUUCGUGUUGGACAACUCGCAGAACGCGCCCCUAGUCGCCGCCACAUUGGAGACACUCCUUCGCUUUCUCAACUGGAUUCCUCUUGGCUACAUCUUCGAGACGAAGCUCAUCAAUACGCUCAUCUUCAAGUUCUUCAACGUGCCAAUGUUCAGGAAUGUGACGCUGAAGUCGCUUACCGAGAUCGCCUCCGUCUCUGUCAAUCACUACGACGAGAUCUUCCUGACCCUCUUCACUCAGGCCCUUCAACAACUCGACGAGAUGCUGCCAGUGGAGACGAAUAUCAAGGAGGCUUAUGCCACCGGUCAGGACUCCGAGCAGCAAUUCAUCCAGGACUUGGCACUCUUCCUCUGCACCUAUCUCAAAGAGCACGGUGUCCUGCUCGAGAAACAGAACGCCAAUGAAACUCUGUUGAAAGCCCUCCACUACUUGCUCCUCAUCUCCGAGGUGGAAGAGGUCGAGAUCUUCAAGAUUUGUCUCGAGUAUUGGAAUAGUCUAUGCACGGACCUCUACCGUGAGAGCCCGUUCUCCUCGAGCUCGUCACCCCUGUUCAUGUCACGCCCCAGUCCGGCCACUCCUCAAAGGAAACAGUUCUACCAACCACUUCUGACCAAAGUCCGAUACAUCAUGAUCUCGCGGAUGGCCAAACCUGAAGAGGUACUGGUCGUGGAAAAUGACCAAGGCGAAGUCGUCAGAGAGUUCAUGAAAGACACGGACUCGAUCAACAUGUACAAGAACAUGCGCGAAACACUCGUCUACCUGACUCAUCUGGACUAUUUGGACACUGAGCGGAUCAUGUCGGAGAAGCUGCAGAAUCAGGUCAACGGCAACGAUUGGUCGUGGAAGAAUUUGAACACGCUCUGCUGGGCCAUUGGCUCCAUAUCCGGCUCCAUGCAUGAUGAAGACGAGAAGCGCUUCUUGGUAACUGUCAUUAAGGACCUGCUGGGGUUGUGUGAGCAAAAGAAGGGCAAGGACAACAAGGCCAUCGUAGCCUCAAACAUCAUGUAUAUUGUGGGUCAGUACCCGCGUUUCUUGCGCGCCCAUUGGCGAUUCCUCAAGACCGUGGUGAACAAGUUAUUUGAGUUCAUGCACGAGACGCACGAGGGUGUUCAAGACAUGGCUUGCGACACAUUUAUCAAGAUUGCCCAGAAGUGUCGCCGCCAAUUCGUUCAGAUCCAAGUGGGUGAAGUGAUGCCCUUCAUCGAUGAGCUGCUUGCUAAUAUCAAUUCCAUCAUCUGUGACUUGCAGCCGCAACAGGUCCAUACGUUCUACGAAGCCGUAGGGCACAUGAUCUCGGCCAGUUCGGACUCACAACAGCAAGAGCAACUUAUAGACAAAUACAUGCAGCUGCCCAAUCAGGUGUGGGACGAUAUUAUCAAUCAGGCGUCGAAGAAUGUCGAUGUUCUCAAAAAUCCCGAGGCUGUGAGACAGCUGGGCAGUAUUCUCAAAACCAACGUGAGGGCCUGCAAAGCCCUCGGCCAUCCGUUCGUCGCCCAACUGGGCAGGAUCUACCUGGACAUGCUCAAUGUGUACAAGGUGAUGUCCGAGAACAUUUCCACGGCCACGAGGCUCAACGGAGAAGUCGUCACGCGCCAACCUCUCAUCAAGAGCAUGCGAGUGGUCAAGAAAGAAACCCUUAAGUUGAUCUCGUGUUGGGUGGAACGCUCUAAUGAUCCCAACAUGGUCCUAGAAAACUUCAUCCCACCACUACUCGACGCCGUCCUGCUUGAUUACCAAAGGUGCUUGGUGCCCUCGGCCCGAGAGCCCGAAGUGCUCUCCACCAUGGCCGUGGUGGUCAAUCGCCUCAAAAACACCAUCACGAGCGAGAUCCCCAAGAUCUUUGACGCCCUCUUCGAAUGCACGCUCGAGAUGAUCAACAAGGACUUCGAGGAGUUUCCGGAGCAUCGGACCAAUUUCUUCAUUCUCCUUCAGGCGGUCAACCUCUACUGCUUCCAAGCAUUUCUCAACAUCCCCGCCACACAAUUCAAGCUUGUCCUCGACUCGGUCAUCUGGGCUUUCAAGCACACGAUGCGGAACGUGGCCGACACCGGCCUGAACAUUCUAUUCCAACUGCUCAAGAACGUGUCCAACCACCCGGAGGCAGCCCAAAGCUUCUAUCAGACCUACUACACCGAUAUCCUUCAACACAUGUUCAGUGUGGUCACAGACACGUCACACACGGCAGGUCUGACCAUGCACGCCACCAUCCUCGCCUACAUGUUCACCUUAGUGGAGGCUAAUAAAAUCACCGUGAGUCUGAGCUCGAAUCCUGCCGUGGCCGGUGCUCCGGCUAACAAUGUGGCCUUUGUGCAAGACUUUGUGGCCAAUCUCCUUCGCACUGCCUUCCCUCAAUUGACGGACAAUCAGAUCAAGAUCACGGUCCAAGGCUUGUUCAACCUGGAUCAGGACAUCCCCGGGUUCAAGGAGCAUUUGCGAGACUUCCUCGUCCAAAUCCGCGAGUUCACCGGCGAGGACGAUUCCGAUCUCUUUUUGGAGGAGCGGGAAGCUGCCCUGAAGCAAGCCCAGGAUGAAAAACGCAAGCUUCAAAUUGCCGUUCCGGGUAUCCUGAAUCCCCACGAGCUGCCCGAGGAGAUGCAGGAAAUGUGAUAGAUUUGCUACAUUCAACGAAGUUAAUGUGUUCUUCGCACAUCACCAAAGUCGGGUCGAGUUCCUCGUUGUGGUGAGCACCAUUUCAAGUGGAGGCUCGCGCUUUAAGUUGUUCUUGAUUCCUCACCUUUUUUGGCCAUAUCUCUCUAUCUCCCCCCCCAACCUCCUGAAUGUUGCGUACUUAUCUGGACUGGGUCUGCCUGUUUACGAAAGAGAUACUAUUAUACUAUACGUAUCCGAAAUCCGUCUCUUUUUUGCAGUCAAGAGUCUAUUCUUGGUGUGUUUGUGAGAUGUUGUAUACAGUCCAACCAAAGAUCAUUAUCCUCUUUCCUCCUCUCCUUCCUGCACCCUCCUCUCCUCCCUUUUCCUUCUUAAGAGAACUGCAUUUCUGUUGCAGCUGAACUCCAUGGCAGAACUAAUGAUGAAGACUUCUUAUCCUCUACUUGUUCAUUCGUGUGCCGCAGGGGCCUACCAACCCUUUCAAAGACUAGUAGUGAAUGUAUGGAACCAAGUCGAGGACGAAUCCAGUGGUUCCCUAAAUUAUACUAGGGUUUCACCUCGUGGACGACAACCAACUCUUAUUAAUAAUCUAUAUUGUUGUGAAGCAAAGCGAGAAAAAAGCAGAGCACUCUUCUCAGGUCCUCAACAGCUCGAACUCUUCCUCCGGC